CUCCUCUCUACUCUACUUUCGGCCGAAGCGAGGCGGCAAGACAGUGGAUAUGUUUCACUCCUGUAUGAGACAACUUGAAAUAUUCCUAUUCUCUUUCCUCAUAAGCAGUAACCUCACGGACUAAUGGGGCUUAUACUACUGAGCCUGCUUCUUCGGUACUGGAUCAACACCGUGGAGGGAUCAUGUUCGGCUGGCAGCGCUGUGACUUGUGAUGAGUGUCUGCAGCUCAGUCCUCACUGUGCCUGGUGCUCUCAGGAGAAUUUCACAGACUGGUUUUCAGUCAGCAAAAGAUGUGACACACUGGAUAUCUUGCUAGAAAAGGGAUGUGCCAGGGACCAGCUGGAAUUCCUUGUUUCCAGAGGCCAAAUCCUGCAGGAUCGCCCACUCGGAAAGAAGACAGGCAGCGUUAACAGCACUCAGAUCUCCCCACAGAAAAUGUUACUCAAGUUGCGACCUGGCAGUCAGGUGACUUUCCAGGUCAAGAUUCAACACAUGGAGGACUAUCCUGUGGACAUCUACUACCUGAUGGACCUCUCGGCAUCCAUGAUCGAUGAUCUGGAGAUGAUCAAAGGCUUGGGCUCCGCUCUGUCCAAAGAGAUGGCUAACCUCACUAGUAAAUUUCGAAUGGGCUUUGGCUCUUUUGUGGAGAAACCCGUCCUGCCUUUCAUCAAGAUCACAAAAGAGGGGCUGGUUAACCCCUGCAGCGAUGUACAAUCAGUGUGCCUGCCAGCGUUUGGCUACAAACACGUCUUGUCUCUGACGAGUAGCACUGACAAGUUCAAUGAGAUCAUUGCAAGGCAGCAUGUAUCUGGAAAUAUCGAUGUGCCAGAGUGUGGCUUCGACGCCAUCAUGCAGGCAGCUGUUUGUGGGGACAAGAUAGGCUGGAGGAAUGAUUCGAUGCGUUUGCUGGUGUUUGUCAGUGAUGCUGACUCACACUUUGGGAUGGACAGUAAGAUGGCCGGCAUCGUUAUUCCCAAUGAUGGGCAGUGUCACCUGGAUGUCAACAAUGAAUACUCCAUGUCCACAAUGCAGGAGUAUCCCACUCUCGGUCAGCUGAUUGAUAAGGUGCUGGAGAACAACAUCUUACUGAUAUUUGCUGUGACAGAAAACCAGAAACACAUCUAUAAGAACUAUGCAAAUCUCAUACCUGGCGCCACAGUUGGAGUCGUAGCGAAAGAUUCACGGAACAUCCUUGAACUGAUCGUAACAGCAUACAAAGAACUGCGAUCAGAGAUCGAGCUGGAGGUCCUUGGAGACACAGAGGAGCUCCAGAUGUCUUUUACAGCCAUAUGCCCAAACGGGAACGUCCUCCCUGAUUUAAAACGCUGCUCCAACAUUAAACCUGGAGAGACGGUCAUGUUCAACGUGUCCGUGGUGCUUCCAGGAUGCCUGUCAGGAGUGCGGCACUUCUCCCUCAAACCGGUGGGUCUACAGGACAGUCUGGAGGUGGAGAUGGAGUCUCUUUGCUCGUGUGACUGCCGGCAGCCUCCAGAAGCUAACAGCAGCCAGUGCACCGAGGGCCAAGGGGCUUUCCAGUGUGGCAUGUGUGUGUGUCAGCCGGGGUUCCUGGGGGCGCAGUGCGAAUGCAAUGAGGAAAGUGCUUUGUUGAGAAACUGCCUGGCAAACAAUAAGUCUGAGAUUUGCAGCGGUCAGGGGCAGUGCUACUGCGGGCAGUGUGUGUGUCAUGAAUCCAGCUUUGGACGCAUCUACGGACCUUACUGCGAGUGUGACAAUUACUCCUGUGUUCGCUUCCGUGGGGAGCUCUGUGGAGGCCAUGGGGUGUGUGACUGUGGGGAGUGUCACUGUGAAAGCGGCUGGACCGGGGAGUAUUGCAACUGCAGCGCCAGCACUGAGGCGUGCAUGUCGGAGGAUGGCACUCUCUGCAGUGGACGAGGAAAGUGCGAGUGUGGCCACUGUGUCUGCUCUGUACCUGGAGCGUCUGGGGACAAAUGUGAGAAGUGUCCAACAUGUGGAGACGCCUGUAGCUCUGCAAGGAGCUGUGUAGAGUGCCAUCUGCAAGAGAAAGACGAUGCAGAGUCGUGUGAUCAAAAGUGCAGCAUCCCUAAAAUUUCCAUCAACACAACAGCAGAUUAUGACAAGAGCCGUUCUAAGCAAUGCACGCUGAUGGCGGAGAAUGAGUGCUGCAUCUCGUUUAAUGUGGUAGGAGGUGAAACAGGGACCACUGUCUAUGAUCUCCAGAUGUACGGUUGCCCGGAGCCUCCCAACAUCCCCAUGAUUAUUCUGGGGGUCUCCCUCUCCAUUGUGUGUAUCGGCCUGAUCCUGCUGGCUGUGUGGAAGGUGUUGGUGUCGGUCCACGACCGGAAAGAGGUGGCCAAGUUUGAGGCUGAGAGGUCAAAGGCAAAAUGGCAGACAGGGACCAACCCUCUAUUCAAAAGCUCAACAUCUACAUUCAAAAAUGUAACUUAUAAGAACACACAGAGAGAAAAGAUUACACUGGAUCACUACUGAUCACAAACUGGAGGCAAAACAACAUCUGAGUGCACUUAAGUGUGUGUGAGUGAGUGAGUGUGUGUGUGUGUGUGUGUGUGUGUGAGACAGAGAGAGAAAGUUUUGUACUAAAAUUUGUUUUUGUACGAGUCUCUGUGUGGAUUCAGAGAUAUUUAUAUAACACAGUAGACGACACUGUGAUCAGACAGACACUACAUGAUGAACUUGCUGCUGUAAAAGUGCACUGUCGAUUUACUGUAAAACGCUGCACUUUCCUGAUGCAUGAUCCUGAAAACUUAAACUUUUGUCUACUGUAACAUGCAGCUUGGAAAGGAGGAGUCUGCACUUCGAGUGGUCUACUACUGAAAAAAAUAUUUGUUUUAUUUUAAUGAAUGUAUAUAUACAGGUGGAUGUUAUGAUUUUUUAAAAAUAUUG